CUGCGAAUUAUCUACAGUAAGGACCGUCUGUUGUAUGCUUCAUACAUCCAUGGCUCCUUUCUCACUCUAGUCAAAUGAAAGUUGGUGAAAUAUUGUGGAGGCUUUGACUCUGGUGCGUCCUGCAGCAGAAGCGCAGCAGCAACAACUCACUCCUUCAGCUCCAAUGAAAAACUCAUUCCACCAGCUGUCCGGUAACACCUCUCUGGAUUUGCUGACAGGGAAGCCUCACUUCCUUUCUUUUACGGGACGAGUCUCCUCUCCUCAGGGCAAACACAGACAGAUCAUGCGACCUGCUGCGCUGAGGAUCAGUUUGUUGUGAGCUGACAGAAGCAGCAGGCAUGGCUGCGGGCAGGACGGAUGUUUCGGGCAGAGCCGCAGCUACCUGCGUCCUAACGCUGUGUUUGGUUUGUUUACACGUGUCUGCACUCAAAUCUCAACUUUUCACCAGACUGGGAGGGCUGCCUUACUCAUCUGAACCCCCCGUCAGCUAUAAAACAUUUUAUUUUGAGCAGAAGAUCGAUCAUUUCGGAUUCCUCGAGGAUGACACCUUCAAGCAGAGGUACCUGGUGGCCGACAAACACUGGCAGCAGCCCGGAGGACCCGUUUUGUUCUACACUGGAAACGAAGGCGACAUCACCUGGUUCUGCAACAACACUGGCUUCAUGUGGGAAGUUGCAGAGGAGUUGGGCGCCAUGCUGGUUUUUGCAGAACAUCGUUACUAUGGAGAGUCGCUGCCAUUUGGACAAGACUCGUACAGUGACAGCAAACAUCUGAACUACCUGACCGCAGAGCAGGCGCUGGCAGAUUUUGCGGUUCUGAUUCAGAACCUGAAGAGCACUUUACCUGGAGCUCAGCAGAGCCCCGUCAUCGCUGUCGGAGGGUCCUACGGAGGGAUGCUGGCUGCCUGGUUCAGGAUGAAAUACCCUAAUGUUGUUGUUGGAGCUCUGGCAGCCUCCGCACCGAUAUGGCAGUUCCCUAGGAUGGUGCCAUGUGGAGAUUUCUACAAAAUAGUAACUCAAGACUUUGCCAGAAGUGGCUAUAACUGCGAUGCAAAUAUCAGAAAGUCCUGGAAGGCUAUCAAUAAUGUCUCCUCCACUGCUUCUGGUCUUCAGUGGCUGUCAGAGGAAUUCAGCUUAUGUGCUCCUCUUAAAACCAAAAUUGACGCCAUUGGCUUCAAGAACUGGCUUCAGGAGACCUGGGUGAACCUGGCCAUGGUGGAUUAUCCUUAUGAAGCUAAUUUCCUGCAGCCGCUACCUCGCUGGCCGAUCCAGGUGGUGUGCAAGAAUCUCCCGUUCGAUUCCGCCGUGUCUGACUAUCAGCUGCUGCACGGAGUCUCCCAGGCAGCGAAGGUUUACUACAACUACACCGGAAGCGCUUCCUGUCUCAACACAUCCCAGACAGCAACCGGCAGCCUUGGUGCACUCGGCUGGACGUACCAGGCCUGCACGGAGAUGGUGAUGCCCAUGUGUACAGAUGGCGUGCAGGACAUGUUUGAACCCGAGGACUGGAACUUCCAGGCCUUCUCCGAUGAGUGUAGCGCCAUGUUUGGCGUCCGGCCACGGGCUGAUUGGGCAGGAACGGUCUUUGGGGGGAAGGAGAUCGCCUCUCACAGCAACAUCAUCUUCAGUAAUGGAGGACUGGACCCCUGGUCUGCUGGCGGAGUGACUCACAACUUUACGGAUUCUCUGAUUUCCAUUAUGAUUCCUGACGGAGCUCAUCACCUGGACCUCCGCUACAGCAACGACCUCGACCCGCCUUCAGUCCGCGCCGCCCGGGCCUUAGAGGUGAAGUAUUUCAGGCAGUGGAUCAAGAAAGCUAAAAAGACACGCCGAACUGCGUGAACCUACUAAAUUCCACACACGGUAAAAAUUCUGCUUGACUGGGACACUUGUGAUAUCUGGGAAUUAGCUUUAAUUGGUGUGACGUGGUAUUUCACACGGUGCUGUCGGUUAAAAUGCCAAAGUUUGUUCCUUUUUUAAAAUCAAUUUCUGUAUGAAUCAGUGAGCCAUCUUUGAUACACUCCAUUUCUCUAUACAUUUUCAAGGGCUUGGAGACAAAAGGUACUAUAUUAUCGGCAAAAGAUCUGUUUGCCGUGUGAAACCCAUUGACAACAACGCUGUAUGUUUGUUUGCUUAUUCGUGUAAUCUCAUUAUCACCAUCAAAAGACUGGAUGAUCCUCAUUUUGUGUUUUUAUUCCUUCAUAUAAAGUUUGCCAAUCCCCAUUAAGACCCGUCUGCCUCCAAGCUCAUGAUUUCUUAUUUCAGUCGAUUUUACAGUCAUGGCUGCGGUUAUUCAUGUCUGUGAUGACAUUUAGUUUCAUUGCUCCAAAUUUACAUCCCCUUUAGUUCAUUCUGUUGUCAUUCAGCGGAAUUUGUUCUUUUGAAGUAUGUUUUCAUAUGCUUUUUAACGAUAAAUGAGUCUCAGGAGAAAAGUCUGGCACCAAAUAUGACAAAGAAAUCCCAUUUUUUUAGAAGAUUUUCAAUGCACAAAGUGUAAUAAUAAACUUAAUUUGGUGCCUUCUCUGCUGUAUUUAAGACUUCUACUGAUUUUCUGUAUGUGUGGUCAUCCCCAAGAAUCGAGUCUUCCUUUAAAACUGAUUAAAAAGCUGCCAAUUUACUGUCA